AUGUUACCUCUACGAAUUUUGAAACAAAUGACGAACACUUCUUCUCAACUAUCAUCGCACACACACUCUUCUUUGGCAAUGGGUAGGAAAAAGGUUGCACAGCAAUGGGAUCAGUCCGACAUCGAAGAAGAAUAUGAUCAAAACCUAUCUUCACCAGAUCAGGAAGAAGCGUUGAACACUAAAAGUCAGGGUGAAGAAGAAGCCAAAUUUGCACAAUAUAUGGAUAGCGAUGAAGACUUUGAUAGCGAUGGAGAAGGAACAUCUGAUGAUGAUGAAGGCAUUCUCAGCUCUGAAGAUGUUCCUCCACAGAAUCAAGAUGAAGAAUCAUCUCUGCGCGAAAAGAUGGAACGCAUCCCUUUUUCCGCUCUAGCAAAAGCAAACAGAACGAUGAGACAAGACGCAGAUAUCUCGGAUGAAGGUGAUCAAAAUCAUUCGAGCUCUGAAGUUGAUGAAUUCGAAGUUGAUCGAAAGACAGAACGUGAAAAGCAAGAAAGGAGAGCGAUUGAAAAGAGAGAGAGCAAACAUGCCCCAACAGAGCUAUCUUCAAGGCGACCGGUUUCACGCAAACGUAGCGUAGUGGAAACAGCAUCCACAGAAAGGCGUGAUCCUCGCUUCUCAUCGUUAAGCGCUUCAACGACUAAUAAAGGUCUUUUCCGUUCUUCAUAUGGCUUUCUACGAGAACAACAAUCAAGCGAAAUACGAGAAUUACGAUUUGCACUGGCCAAAUUGAAGAGACAAGAAAAGCAUCAAGCCGGACCGAAAGCAACGAGCGAAUUCGCUUUACGACUUCGUCAAGAACGUGAACAGAUCGAACAAGCUUUAAGACGUGAAGAGGGAAGAGAAAACGAAAGGCAAAGACGUGAAAGGAAGGAUGAAGUUUUGCGGAAUGCACAAAAGGCGAUUGAAGAACGUGUACAAAAAGGAGGUAAACGAUAUUAUCUCAAAGAAUCCGAUAAGAAGAAGUUGAUCUUACAAGACAAAUUCGAGCACCUAAGCAAUGGACAGAACCCAUUAGACUCAACUUCAUCUGCAAAACGAAGUAGUCUUCAAAAAGCUGUCGAACGAAGGAGAAAAAAGAAUUCCGCAAAGGAUCGUCAAAUGCCUUUGGGUGGCGGUGCUAGCGGAAGCUUUGGAGAUGGUUUGGAACAGAUACCAAAGAGGAAGAGGGUACGGAGACAUUAA